AUGAAUUCGGCGCAGUCGGCCGGGUUGAUCACCGAGUCUACCGGCGAUAGUCUUUCUCCAUCUUCCACUGUGGAGCCGGCUCCUUUCACCGGGGAAGGUCUUGCACAUACCAUCAGUGAUACCAAUCGGCUCACCCGUGUCCAAUCACCUUACACGUAUCCGUUGAGUAAGGCCAAGACACAUCAGGCGUCUGGAUUUUACGACCACCCGAAGGCUGAUAACAAGCCACUUCCUGCUUACAAGACGGUGCAUCUGGAUCAUGUGCUGAGCGAGUUCCGGCCUGUUGAGCCCAGAAGUAUCUUUGAUGGCGAGAAGAAACCUGUUUUGAUCAGAAGCCGCAGCGUGGUACCGGCCAGGGCGGCGGCGAAUUACGAGCGCAGAGUCUCGUUUGAUACGGUGAAUUUACAAGUUGCGGAUGAGGGCCAAGAGUCCAGCGACGACGAGUUUGAGUACGAGAUGGGCAUGUCGUUUGACAGAGAUCGGAUGAACCGGCGCGAGAACCUUCUCAACACCGGCGGAUGGGGGCCGUCGGCAGGCCAACGGUCGUCUUCUCCCGGUGGAAAUUUUGCAGCAACCAGAGGACGGUCUCCGUCGCGAGAACAAUCUCCCGGAAGAAACAACCAAUUCAACCAGAUGGACAGGAGCAUGUCGCCGGCCGCGACCCAUUAUGGCCGAAUUGGGUCGGUUUCUCCAAUUCGGAACCUGAAAAUCAGCGGUGUUUCGUCCAGACGAUAUCCAACCACCCCGAUCAUCACCCACGACGCUUGCACUCUCACAAAGAAACACAAGGACUACGACAGACUGUACUCGAAGCACUCGGGCAAACGAGCUGCCCUUCCUGAUAGAAACAUAAUGUGCUACAUCUCUGGCCGCAAACACACCUGGGUUGCACUGGACUGGUGUUGCAACCGGUUGUUGGAGGACGGAGACACGAUGGUUGUCACCGCGUCGAUCAACCCGAACUCGAAAUCGUUGUUUGCACGGCGUCUUUCUUCCGGCUCUGUCUACAGCAAGGACGUCAAUUGGAGCGAGAGCACCAUUCGCAACUCGCCAGAGUACGCCAAGGUUGUGACAGAGAACAUCAUGAAGUACAUCAUGGCGAUUUUGAAUCCGAAUAAGGUGCUCAAGAUCACCAUCGAGCUGGCUGUUGGCGGCACCAAGGACGUGUUAAAGGACAUGUAUUCGCUGUAUCUGCCGUACCUGGUUGUUGUUGCGGCCAAGCCCACCAAGGCAGCUUCGACGCGGUCGUGGGUCACUUCCAGAGUCACCGACCGGCUCGUCAAGAACUUCCAUGUGCCUGUGGUGAUUGUGCCGUCGUUGAACAUGGAUUUGUUUGAGGAGCGGCUCUUCCGGAUUCUUAACACCAGAAUGGAGGAACUGGAGCAGGGCGUGGACGACCCGAAGAUGGUGAAGCAGCUGGACCAGGUGGGCUCGUACAAGCUGAGCGACCACCGGCUGGCGAUCCUGGCAGACGAGCAGGCAGAGGACUCCAAUGCAGCAGACUCGUCUGUGAGUAACCUGCGUCAGCUACAACAUACCACGAGUGUGCGGAUCUACAACGAGCUGGCGGAGCUACUCAAACACGGCAACGACAAGGACAAGUACAAGAACUGGCUGAAAGUGGUGUCGUCUGCGGCGCACAGCUACGGCGUGAAUCUUGCCGAGACGGCCAAGAGCGGCGGGGAGAGUGCGAAACUGGUGCGUACGCUGACGGGGGCCCCGGACCCGCACUACGGCCGGGCCAAGUCGAUGCUGCUGGACCCGUCGCCCAAGCCACCGCCACGGUCGCCGCACACGCCCAAGAUCCCCACCAUCAACAUUGACUCCCUGGGCCAAAACGACCAGCCCCGCCAGCCGUCGUCUGUCAAGUUCGACAUCAGCCACCCCAAGUACGGCCGGUUCCAGUCGGACACCGCGGUUCCAAUGGAGCCUCUACGGGCGUCGCGGUCGACACCGCAGCUGUCACCGCAACGCAGCGCGUCCCAGGACAAAGAGAAGGACCGUAAAGGAUUCUUCAGAAAUCUAUUUAAACGAAAGUGA